AUGAAGCUGGAAAGCAAGGAAAAUCUGCAGGUCAUCUCUGAUGAGGAGCAGUGCAUUGCAGGUGUGUUGGCCAAGGGUGAGAGGAAGAGGAGCCGCAGCCAUGGGAACAUCAAAGUUUUCAAGGCCUGGCUGGUCUCCCACCACCCCUCUGAAACUCGUGAGAUCUACCAGAUGCCACCUGAAGACCUCAACUCUUACCUGGCCUCCUUCUACAGCUCUGCAAAGAAGCAGAACGGCAGCGACUUCUCUGCCAGCACCCUGACCUUCCUCCAGCUCAGCACCGACCGCUACCUCAGGGAGCACAGCUACAGCUACAGCGUGGUGAAGGGGGUGGAGUUCAGAGCUGCUCAGGAAGCCUUGAAGCUGAGGCAGCAGCAGCUCUCUGAGAAAGAGAGGGAGGGAGAGUGGAGCCUCCUGGAGAGGCUGACAGAGGACGACUUGGCCACCCUUCGCCAGAAAGGGCUUUUAAGUAGAAGGCAUCCUCAGGGCUUGCUGAGCCUCCUGCUCACAAACAUCAUCAGGGGCUUUGGGGCCCGGGUGCACAGUCAGAGCCACACUCUGUACUGGGGCCAGCUUGUGCUGACACGGGCUGAGGGGCAGCUGGAGUACCUGGAGUGGAGGGACAGCCUGAGCCCGGAGCCCGGCCCGGAGGAGCCACGGCCACGCCUCUCGGCCCGGCCCGGCCCUGCCGGCUGCCCCGUGGAGGAUUACAAGGAGUACGCCAGGAGGCGGCCUCUGGACAUGCGCCACGACUACGACCCUCUCUACCUCACCCCCAAGCCUCUGUGCUCCGUGUGGGACCAGGCAUGGUUCCGCAGCAAGUCACUGACCAAAGCCAGCCUGGAGAAGCUCCUGAAAGUUAUCACUGAGCAAGUCAAAGGCCCUGGGAAGAAGCGCAAGAAGUGA